AUGCCUUUUCCGCCCAUCAGCCUCCACCAGCGGAUCUCUUCUCCUGGCAGGGAUCUAUUCGGGAAAAAGAAAGCCAACGGAGUGCCUCCUCAGACUGAGCUCACCAGCAAAUCCGGCGGAGAAAAGGGGUCCGAGAAGGGGAAGCAAUCCACAUCUUGGGCAUCGGCAAAUUUAAGGAAUUUGGGGCGGAAAGCUCAGCAAGACAAGAGUAAAAGCCCAUCACAGAAGCCGGGUGCUGCUCAGUGCUCCUGGCUGACGUUGCCCAAACCUCAGGACUCAUCGGAAGGUGUCAGGCGCUCCAGCUCGAUGGACUCCUCCAGACUCCUCCAUGGCAAAGAGGAAGGGAAGAAGGAGAUUCAAUUCACCCUCAGUCUCACCCCUGAAGCCAUUCUUGUCAUCCAAAAACGAAAUCUGGAAAAGCAGAUGCUGGCGAAGCAACAGAAGUGUUGUGCGGCCGCGGACUUCAGGCACAGGCGCGUAUUUCCUUCCAAAAAGGCGCACGGAGCGUCAAAAGGCAGCGCACCAGUGGCCAAAGCGGAGGGCGCUGAGCAGGACAUCACCGCUAUCGUUAAAAUAUCACUGUUGAACGAUCAAUACAAGUACGAUGACGUGGAGUACGAAGAAGAGGAUGGAGAUGUGGACGAGACAGUAGUAAGGAAAUGUAAAGAAUGGCUCAAAGGGGUCGAAAAUGCCGCUGCUUUGGGAAAAGUCGACAAACUUUCUGCACUCCCGCACCUUAAAGGCUGCUGAUACCUGACAUGUGAUCUUUCAUCUUCAAACAGCUGACUAAAGCUAUGAUGGACUCGUGAAAAGUGUGCACUGAUGUAGUCCUGCUGCAAUGGCAUCUUAAAUUUAAGUCUUGAAUAUAACUGUAAAUGAAAUGUUUGCAAAUGUCCACUUGUUUCGGAAUUAUUCCUAAAAUAAGUGUCAUUCCUUAAAAAAUUAUAAACUUGACUCUUUGUCAAGAAAACAAAAUCAGACGAGUAAACUGAAUUGGAAUAAGAAAAAAAAACUUGCAUCGACAGAAAUAGGAUUUAAAAGCUGCAGCUCGUUGCUUAACCAACAGUGCUUCUUAUGGU